AUGGCUCCACCUAAAAAGAAAUUGUCAAAAAAGGAAAAGGCUCGUUUAGAGGCUGAACAAGCGGAAAUGUUGCGUCUUGAGAUGGAGAGAGAAAAACUUAAAAAACUUGAAGAAGCUCGCCAACGGCGUAAAGUUGAACGGGAAGAAGCCAAGCGUCGUCUACAGCUUGAAAUUCAGGAAAAUAAACAAAGACGGGCACAAUUGAAAAAUAGUAUGGCAUUUUUUCAUCAAAUACGAGAAUGUACUGACGCCAUAAAAAUGGCGUCUAAAAAUCAAAAUGAUUGGGAAAAAUUUAUGCGUUGUAAUGGUCUGCCAAAUUCCAACAGUCCCAGUGAUUUGCGCAAAUACAUACAUCAAUGGCAAAUUGAUAUCGAACGAAGGAAUCGUGAAUCACGCAAUUGGUUAUUGAAAACCAACGAAAGAACUCUGCUUACACAGGAUAUAAAUAUACCGGAUUUAACUAAAGCUACGCUGCGCCAGCAGCAGGGAAAUUUGGGAGAUGUGUAUGCCCAAAGGGUUAAGGAAAUAUUGGGGAUUCUUUUGGAACUAGAAGAAGUUUUGGGAGACAAACAGAAACCCGCUCACACUUUAACCGAUUUAAGUAAAUUGAAAACGGAAAUAAGAGUAUUACUUAAAGACUAUUUGGAUGAUUUCACCCAUAAAAUAAUGUCCCAUAUAGAAAGAGAUAUGGAAAUUGAUCGUCCUGGUGUUUCCAAGCAUAUUUAUGAAUCUGAAGUUUUCAAAAGUUUUAUUUGGACUUUUUCUAAAGACGCACAAAUCUCUUUGUGUGCAAAACCACGUAUUGGAGAGCAAAAUCUUCAUAAUGAGAUUGAUUUUCCUCUAAUUGAAAUGCAAAUCUCUUUGCCACCAACGGUCAGCCUAUAUAGUUCUGCUUUGAGGGGUUUAUGGUUAAAUUAUGAUCAUUUCAGUGACUAUUGUCCCAGUUUUAAACUCAAAAAGCCUAGACCAGAUUACAUCAAUAUGCUAACACAAACCAAAAAGGAAUGGCGCAAACGGAAGGAGAUUUUACAAAACAUGUUGGAUGAAUGUUCUAAGGAAGUACCAUUAACAGAAUUGGAACAAUUUGAACACGAACGUGAUUUGACUUCACAACAAGCCCGUGAGAAAAGCCUAGAUGUGGAUAAAUUGUAUUUAGAGUAUGAGGAUGAAUUGAAUAAGUUGAGGAGAAGAGCCAUUGGCCCAGAGGGGUUUGGUUUGACGGAUACCGAUGUUAAUUUGAGAAAAUAUCGCAUAAUUGGUGGAGUCUAUUGCACAGAUUAUUUAGAAACACCACAACAGGAUAAACAGCUAAACGCCAGAUCGUUUAUAAGAACAAUAUUUGCUCCAAACAAAUUGUUGCAUAAAAACUACUACCAGACCUUUAAACCACCGCCACCACCACAGCCUGGAGUCAGACGUUUACCCGAAGAAAUUGAAGCUGAAAUGCGCAUGGUAGAGGCUGCCUUAGACAAAUUAGCUUUAGUAACUGUACAGCUACCAGACAGCGUUAUUUGGUUUGAACCACCUAUAGCUUGUCGUUGGGAAACGCAGAUCGAAACUUUAGAAUCUGAUUUGACAGAAGGCAUUAAACAACCCAUUAACUCCAACAGUGGCAAUACGACAGAUGUCACUCCCUUGUCUACCACUACUAAUCUCAGUCCUUUGAAAAGUCUCUCACCGCGUUUUCCAGCUUCCAAACUACGCAAGAAAAGUUCGCAAAAAUCUUCCGGCAGUAAUUUACCUGUACGAGAAGUUAAUGAUUUUGAUAUGUUUCAAAUGCCAAGUGAAAUCGACAUUUACAGUUUACUUAAGGACUUCAUAGCGCCACGUUUACCACAGGGAUUCUCUGUACGUAUAGAUGGUAGCCGCAUGAAACAACUACAACAACAUAAACAAAAGAAGGGCAAAAAGAAGCAAAAGCAAACAAAAGUUUUGUUUUUAGCACGGCCUAAAACAACAAUCAACUCACUAGAGACAGAAGGACCAGCACAAAUUUCACUAAAAGUUAAACAAGAUUUACAAAAAAUUCAUAAAACACGCAUAACAGAAGAUUUCUUGGAUUUCGAUGAGCCUAAGGAAUUCUUUCCAUGCGUACAAUUUGAGAAACUAUUGAAAAUAAAACCACUCGAUAAAGUUAACGAACAACAUGAUGUUAAAUUAGAUUUGAAGAAUAGAAACAGUGAUGAUGCCCAAGACAAUGUGGAAAAGUUGAAAUCUUUUAGUCGAGAUGACAGCAAAGGAAGUCUUGUAAGCGUUACAAGUUAUAAAAGCUCCAAAAGUGCUACGAGUGGUGAUAGUGUAUCAAGAUGUUCAUCUGAAAUGACUGACAAAAAGGAAGUUACUAGGACUUACAUGUUUUCACAAUUAAUAGAGGACUUGGAUCGUUUGUGUGACUUACAAACUCCAGUGCAGCAGGAGGAGCUGCUACAGCAGAUUUCAGAAAUUCUAAUGGGAAAAAACAACACAACGGCAGCAUCAACAUUAAGUGGAAAAGACGUUACUUGUGAUGUUGGAGCAGCCGAAACAGAAGCAGCAGGAGACGAAGGAGAUACAAAAACAACAACAGCAGCAGUAUCAACAUUGACGGAUGUAAUGCAACAACCCGCAGCAUUUGGCUAUUAUUCUGGUAUAUCCUUUGUACGUGAGGCAGAGACAUUACGGGAGGAAGACGAAGAGGAGGAAGAAGGUAACGCUGAAGAUGAUGAUCAAACAAGUACAGAUGAAGAGGAAUAUGAUGAUGAUGACUAUGACGAAUACUUUUUAAAUGAAAACCUAGACAACGAGGCAGCAUUAACAUCGUAUCGUAGUGAAGCUAGUGGUGGUACGAGUGGUGUCACUGCUGUUGCUGCUACCGCAUCGUCGGGUAAGGAGACUGGUAUACAUGAUUUCCUAAAUAAACACAGUCACAGCGAUACAAACAGCAGCGGUGAUGGUAAAAAAGCAAAACUAUUAAAUGAAUCCACGUUUACUCAGGGUAAAUGGAGCACACGUGACGUACAUGAUACAAAAUUCAAUGAAGAUAAACUAUCAAUACAAUUUCGUACAGGACGUAUGGGAAUAUUUGGUUUUGCUUUAAAUCGAUACAGUAAUAUGCCGUAUCAAACCUGGGAAAUAAAACCCGAUUUAAAGUGUCCCGAAAACAUUCUAUUUAGUUUUACGGCCUCUCUAGUCAGUUUGGACAUAACCAUCACAUCACAGGGUUUUUGUGUCAACAAUUUCCAAGGUGGCUCAACGACCGCCAUCAAUGAGAUGAUUGGCAAAACUCUGUCGUUGGAUGCCAUAAAACAGAUUUUGAUUUCGUCAGCCGUCGACAUUUUCCCCGAAGAGGAUGCAUUCUGCUAUACUGAGGGUUCUUGCGAAAAGAAUUACGUGAUGGAAAUGCAUUUGUAUGCCUGCAUGUCGACACUGGCAUUGUCACACAAUUUUAGUUGGUCGCGAUGGAAUCUUUUGGCAGGCAGCCGUACCGCUGUCCUGCUAUUGAGGGAAUUGGUCGAUGGCAAAAAGGUGCCAAAUCAUUCAACUUUAUUGGUGACCCCUUUAAAAACGGCAGCCUGA